UGCUCCUCCUUGCCUAGCCCUUUAGUAUGCCUUGAACCAGUGGACGGGGAGGGUGUGCGUCUCGGUGCUCGCGGCUCGCAUAACUGAUUGAUGUCUUACCGUGGAUUAACCUCACCUGCCUUCUGCGCCCCUGGGCCCUCCUCCGCGACGGACCAAGGUGUGUCCGGGCGGCCGCCAGCAUGGUCGGCGUGAGGCUGCCGCCCCACCCGCCCUGACGCCCAGCCCGCCCCCAUGAGGAUGUCCCGCCCGGGGUGGCCCGGGUCCAUGCCGUCCCCCGCGCUGCUGCCGCCGCCCGCCCUGAACUCCAUCGCCUACCGCCGCUACCUGCGCUACCUGCCCGAGUACCGCACGCGGCGGCGGGCCGAGGAGCCGCGCCGCGCCCAGACCAGCGGCGAGCAGCGGCAGGAUGACGACGACGACGACGAGGAGGCGGAGGAGGAGGAGGAGGAGGAGGGGAAGGGGGAGGAGAAGGUUUUGGGGGAGAAGGAGGCGAGGCAGGGGAGUGUCGGGGAGUGGGGGGAGGGCGCUAUCUUGCCGGAUGUAAGCGUCAACUCCCUGGUGCGGCAGUACACAGAUAUGCUUCACGCCCGCACCACCGACAUCGUUGUGCCCCGCUCCGUGUCUCGCUCCUGCUCCAGCAUCCCCACCGCUGCAGACUGUCGCAGGGCUGCCGCCGCGGCGCCCAGCGGCGAGGAACAGCCCGAGGAGGAGCAGCCCCGCAAGACCUCGUUGGAUAGUGGCGGUGGCUGGGCGCCGCACUUCCCCCGCUACCGCUCCCUGUCGCUGCCGUGGCCCAGCGACCCGUGGUGGCGGUGGCGGGGUGAGCCCAGCCUGGCCUGCCAGGACCGAGCCUCGGGGGGCUGUGCGGGCGGCGGCGCGCCCCCGCCCCACGCCUGUUCCCUCUCGCGCCUCGACUCGGCCACCAGCGACGAGGGUUGUCCCGGCGACGACGUGUCCGCCGGGCCCUCUCCUCUCCCUUCUCCGGACUGCCGCGCCGCCCACCGCCUCUCGGGGCUCAUCACGCCCUUCCGCUCCCUCUCGCCUGCCUCCUCCUUGGGCUCCCACCUCGGCUCCAUCGAGGACCUGCCCCUCGUGCGCUCCAUGUCGGCGGGGCACGUGCUGGACUCCUUCAGGCGCUCGCACUCCGCCGACAGCGCCGUGGAGGUGGACGAGGCGGCGUCGCCCCGCGUGUCGCCGCUCAACGACGACCCCGGCGUGGCAGAGGAUGGCCUCGAGGCGGCGGAGGAAGCACAGGACGGCGGCGGCGACGGCGAACGUAGUUUUUGUGAGUGUGCCGCGACGUGCGACGACGUGUACGGGGAGGCUGACGUGCGGGACGAACAGCCGGUGCAAUUCAGGCGCAAAAGUGAUGACGCGAACAUUGUGUCCGCGGGGCGGCGGCACGGCGCGGUGAAUGUCGAGACGCUGCUGCGGCGCGUGCGGGGCUGCGGCGUGGUUGGCUGCGGCCAGCGGCAGGAGGCGCAGAGGGGCGGCGUGCUGCGGACGCCCUCGGUGGUGAUCAGUGACCACAGCGGCGACACCGUGAGCCUCACCGUCGCCCUCGCCUCCAGCGACUUCUCCCUCUCCCACCUGGACGGCCUGCAGCACUCCGCCUCCUCGCCCAGCCUCUGCCUGUCUGCCGAAGACCCCGCCUCGCGCAAGGUGUCCUCCUGCUCCUCCUGCUCCUCCGUCAGCACCGUGGAUCUCAACACGCCCCUCACCCUCACCCCCAUACCCCUGGAGGGGCUCCUCCGCGACUCCAUCCUGCCCGAGGAGACCGCGCGCCGCAUCUCCAGCUGCUCCACGUGUAGCUACAUCAGCAACUCCGAGGACGAGGUGGAGCAGGUGCUGACCCGCCCCCCGCCCCCCCGCAAGGUAUGCCGCCCACACACCUGGACACACACAUACAUACACACACAUGCUGUCCAGUGUUGGUGCCCACACUACAGAAUGGACAUCAACUUGCUAGAAUCAGUUCAGAGGAGGAUGACCAAGAUGAUUCAGGGGCUGAGGAACCUCCCAUAUCAAAAUAGGCUGAAACAUCUAAACUUACAUUCACUAGAGAGACGAAGAGUGCGGGGAGGUCUGAUAGAAGUAUUCAAAUGGGUCAAGGGUUACAACAAAGGCGAUAUAAGUAAAGUACUGAGAAUUAGCCAGCAAGAUAGAACUCGCAGUAAUGGAUUUAAAAUAGAAAAGUAUAGAUUUAGGAGAGAUAUAGGCAAGCAUUGGUUUAGUAAUAGGGUGGUGGGGGAAUGGAAUAGACUCAGCAAUCACAUAGUUAGUGCAGGGACGAUAGCUUGUUUUAAGAGUUGACUGGAUAGCUACAUGGACGAGGACGACAGGUGGCAGUGAGGUGUGGGUGCAGUAAGGUGACGGGGUACUGGAUGCGUGCCUAGUACCGCCGGUAUAACGAGGA